AUGGUGCUGCUGGGUGGCGAUCUGUUCCACGACAACAAGCCCUCCCGCAAGUCGCUCUUCCGGUGCAUAGAGCUUCUCCGUCGCUACUGCAUGGGCGACAAUCCGGUCAAGAUACAGAUCCUGUCCGACCAGGCCCUCAACUUUCACACCUCGUUCGGCGUGGUCAACUACGAGGAUCCCAAUUACAACGUGGGCAUUCCCGUCUUCUCCAUUCACGGCAACCACGAUGACCCAGCUGGGGACGGGGGCCUGGCUGCGCUGGACGUGCUCAGCGCGUGCAACUUGGUGAACUACUUUGGCAAGAGCGAGAGCGUCGACGACAUCACGGUCUACCCGAUCCUUGUCGCCAAGGGCAAGACCAAGGUGGCCAUCUACGGCCUCGGGAAUGUACGCGACGAGCGGCUCUACCGCACCUUCCAGCAGAAGAAGGUGAAGCUCAUGCGACCUGUGGAGGACCGCGAAAAUUGGUUCAGCAUGUUGGUGCUUCACCAGAACCGCGUGGCGCAUUCGCCCAAGAACUACGUGCACGAGUGCAUGCUGGCCAAUUUUCUCGACCUCGUCCUGUGGGGCCACGAGCACGAGUGCCUCAUCACCCCGCAGUCCUCCUCCGUGGGCGACUUCUUCAUCGUGCAACCCGGCUCGUCGGUGGCCACGUCCCUCUCCGAGGGUGAGUCGAAGAAGAAGCACAUCGGCCUACUGGAGAUUUACGAGGACCAAUUCAGGCUGCAGGCGAUCGAGCUCAAGACCGUGCGGCCGUUCGUGAUGGAGGAGGUGGUCCUCAAGGAGGCCGAUCUCGACCCCGGCGAGCCCCAGCACGUGAUCGAAUACCUGGCCGAAAAGGUCGAGGAGCUCAUCGCCAAGGCCGACAAGCAGUCGCCCCACGCGCCCCGCACGCCCACCAAGCCUCUCAUCCGGCUCAAGGUUGAGUACUCGGGCUAUUCGACGGUCAACCCGCAACGGUUCGGCCAGCGGUUUGUUGGUCGGGUGGCGAACCCCAACGAGAUCCUCCUGUUCCACAAGAAGCGGGGAAUGAACCCGCGAGCCCGAGUCGACAAGGAGCAGGACCUGUUGGCGCGAGCCACGAGGCCGGAGAAUCUGGACGACACCCGGAUCGAGGACCUCAUCGGCGCCUUCCUCGGUCCGACGCAGACGCUGGAGAUCUUGCCGGAGAACGAACUGCAUCUCGCACUUCACAGCUUCGUAGAGAAGGAUGAGAAGUCCGCCAUCGCCGAAUUCGUGGCCAAAACGCUGUCGGACACGCAGAAGUUCUUGCAAAAAGAGGACCCAGAGAAGACCCUGCAGACUGACUACAUCGAAACCGUGGUGAACCAGCGCACGGCCAACGCGCGAGCUUCAGCAGAGGACCAUUCAAUGGAUGUGGAAGCAAAGAUAGAGCAGAUGAAGAAGAGACAAGCGAGCCAAGCACAUGACGAGGAGGAAGAUGGGGAGGCCAAGAAGGAGGAGGACGAGGAGAAUGAAGACGAGGAGCCGCCCAAGGCCAAGGGCAAAGGAAAGGCAGCCGCGGCCAAAGCAAAGGCUGCCCCGGCCAAGGCAGCGACGAAGGGGGCGGGCCGGGGCAAGGCCGACUCAACCACCACCACGACAAGGAAGGCCCCCGCAACGCGACGCACCACCAGGAGCAAUUACGCGCUGCAGUUGAAAGAGCCCGAACCGGCCGACGAUACGGGCGCGGCCAAUGGAACUCGCAAGCGAACGCGCGAUGCAGCAGCCGCGCCGGCGCCAGACAAGCCCAAGCCCAUCGUCAAGCAAGAGGCUCCGGUCGAAAUCGAUGACGACGUGGCUCCUCCACCCAAGCAGAAGCGGCGCAUUACUGCGUUGACAGACCUCCUAUCUAGCAAGGCCGUCAAAGGAGAUGACGACACGCAGGGCAAGGCGCCAGCGAGCCCCGUGGCCCCUUCUUCUGACGCCUCGGGCAAGAAACUCACCACGGGUUGGGGCAAACGAAAGAAAUAG